GUGUAAACUACGUGGAUUGGAAAACUCACUUCUGCUGAUUUAAUCCGAACUGCACUCCGCUUCUCCGAGGGCGUCAUCCAUGGAAAACAACUUGAACGCUCACAAUGACUCGGUGAAGCUGUGGAAGAGCGGUGGGACCGACCGGGGUGCGCACAACCGGCCCUCGGACACGCGCUUCAGUUGCUGGACCCCGCUGAAGAACCAGACCGGCAACAAGCAGUUAUUUGAGGAGAGGAUCAAGCUGGUGCUGCACUGGUUUGACCUGUGGACAGACGGGCAGAGGAAACACAUGUUGCAGUCCGUGCUCACACGCUGCACCAAGCCUCAGCUCAGGUACUGUGGAGAUCUGCUGAUUGAAACACUUCCAGUGUCUCGAGUGGAUUUGACAGCAGUGUUGCCCCGCUUCCUGUCGCUUUACAUCAUGUCCUUCCUGUCCCCUCUGGAUCUCUGCUCCGCUGCCCAAGUCAGCUGGCACUGGAGAUUUUUUUCUGAACAGGACUGUCUCUGGGCGGGACGCUGCAUCCGGCAAGGCUGGUUUCUUCCCUACACACCCGGAGAAAAAGAGUUUGGUGCCUGGAAGAACCACUACAUCUCCUGCGUCAACACACUGGACCGGCUGACCCCUCGGGAGGCAGCGCAACAAUACGGGACCCUCAACCAGCCGUGUGACGAGCUUGCGGAAGAAGUAGAAGAGAGACUGAAGGAGAGGAUGGUCAGGCAGAUUAUCAGAGCGAAGAUUCAAGAGGAGAAGAGAACAUCACUGACCAACAGGAAAGCCUGGAGCAGCAGCACAAAGUUGGGGGAACCUGGAGGGGGUAGCACCCAAACCAGAACGUCCUUGUCCCUCAGAACCUCUGCACCUCCAGACUUCAGUCUGAGCACAAGCAGGGCCCUGAGCUCCGAGGGAGUCAUGAUGUUGAGCAGAGCCAGCAGCCCGCUGGCCACCUUCACCUCCGCACCUGCACCGCUUCAAGCUCAUCGACCCCAUCCUGCAACCCGCUUGCUGCUGGUCUCCAAUAGAAUCCCUGCCUAUGAGCUGGUGCUGAGCGGCACCAAGCCGGAAGUGGUUGUGGUUCUAUACGACCACAGAGGCACCCUUUCUGCGCUGUUGUCCCAGGUGGAGAGGGCCGUCUCCGGGCGCAUGGUUCAAAGACUCGGCCUGUUAGCUCCAGGAGGAACAGAGGGAAUCCACCUGUUUCACAGCUGCUGCCUGUCAGACAAAACCCUGCUAACUCCAUCUCACAGGGAAUUCUGGGAAAAACUGUGCAUUCUGGUGGCCCCCGCUGAUCAAGGGGGUGGGAUUGACAUCUUCUCGCCACUUGCGGCAUCGAGUGGGUGAUCUUUGUUAGUCCGCUUGAUUACAGCUCUGUAUCUACCCACUCUAACACCCUGGCCCCCAGCCCCGGGAGUGGCGCUCAUGAAGACUCUCGCCGCUCUGACAGGUCUAAAGGUUUGGGCACCCAUGGGCCUCGCCACGGGAAGUUUCCAGAAUAUCUUGAGUGAGUGGUCUGAUGGUAGCAUGGGGGCCGGCACACUCGCCGAGCUGCAACCAGGACGCCCGGCGCUUCAGUACGUCAGUGUGCAAGUCCUGCAGGGCUGGUGCAGACAAACCCAGUGGUUGGAGGAGGCUUUGGGCGAGAUGAGAAGAUGCUUGGAGCCUCGUCUGCAGCAGGCCAGCCUUCAAGCCCGGGGUCGAGCUCUGGGUCAUUCUCUGUGGGAGAAAGCUCGUCUUGAGGAUCUUUGUUUGCCUGAAGACCUGACCCAGGCGCUCACCGAGGGACUCGGUGCUCUCAGCAAACAGGAAGAUACGAGACCUUUGGAGUUUCUCGCCACCUUUUUGACAAGCUGGAACGGUGCAAAGGAGACCAGAGAGGCAAACCGAACAGAUGAUGUCUCUCUGAUGCGGGCGCCCCCUCAGGUGUGGGUGUUGUGUUAUCUCCUCCAGCAGAGAAGAGCUGUGUCUUCAUCUUUGGCUCACAUCUGCUUUCAGUUGGACUGGAGAGGCGUCGUCGCCAGAGAGCUACAUCACAGCGAGCGUCUGUACAUCAGCAGACUGGAAGCUCUUGAGAAGGCGUACCGGGAGCCUCUGGCAGCAGCCCUCAACUCCAACAGAGCCAUUCUCAGUUCUGCUGAUGUGCACGUCGUCCUGAGCCCCAUCGCACAAAUACUGGACCUCAACAGGUACAUAAAAAAAACACACAAUCUUAGCUUCAUUGGUUUGUUUUUGUCUCUGCGAACGUUUUGUGUGGCUGCGUGUCGCAGGGGGUUCCAGGUGGAUUUAGCAAACAGGCUUCAGCAGUGGGGUGCGGAGCAGUGUGUUGGAGAUGCGUGCCAGGAACUGUGCGCACAGCUCAGAGUGUACACAAACUACUUCAACAACUACACAACCGCCCUCAGCACCAUCGACAAGUGCAGGGAAUCAAAACCGGCAUUCCGAGCUUUCCUGAAGAGAACUGACAGAACUCUGACAACACACAUGUUGAGUCUGCAGGAGCUGCUGCUGUGUCCCGUGUGGAGGAUCCAGGAGUACACAACUCUGCUGCAAGCUUUGACUGUGCACACACCCACAAGUCACCCUGAUCACGUCUACCUCUCCUCCGCCCUCAACACGUUGCAGCGAUACACGCAGUUCAUCCAAACCCUGAAGCGCAACUGUGAACGAGACCGGCUGCUGGAGGAAACCCAAAAGAUGAUAGAAGGCUGUCCGAGUCUGAGGGAGGGAAGCCGGCAUCUGAUAACCAGUCAGGAUGCCGCUAUGUUCCGGAGCGCCAAUGAAGACAUACCAGAGCCUCUCAGGACCUACGAGCACGUGGCAGACAUUGGCCUCUUCCUGUUCACUGAUGCGUUGGUGAUGACGCGAAGGCAAAAGCGGCACACGCCUUUCACCGUGGCACACAGGAGCACGCACACGUUCAUGGCUUCCGUAGAGCUCGCCAGCCUGGUCGUGAGAAAGAUCUCACACUCGCGCUACGUGAGACACGCCUUUGUUCUGGAGGGUCCCUGUCGGUCGUGGGUGUGUGCCACAGAGCACGGAGAGGAGAUGGACCACUUCCUGUGCGUGCUGAGGAGCGCCAUGCAAACAGCUCUGUCGAUGACGUGAUCAGCAGCAAACGGACGCACUUGUUGCACCUCCACCUGACACUGAGGCAGGGUGGUUGGAGACUCCAAGGUUCUCAAGUUGACCUCAUAUGUUAUCAGCGUCAAAGGUCCGGAACGGUUGGUCGUGUUUCUCGUGAACCUGCCUCUGAAAUGUGACACGUGCGGUUCAGCCGACCUGGACUCUAUACCCGCUAAAUGGAAGUGAGCAGGGCAAGGCAACAGGCUAAAAGCCCGAGCUGUCAACUUGUUGUCCAGCACGGCUCUUAAGGCAUCAGGGAGUGAGAUUUCCCAGGGUGUUUCCACACAGCCACACUGACAUGAACAAACAGUUUGUGCAGCGGAUUGAAAAGUGUUUGCCCCCUUUUUGAUGUCUUGUUUGCAUGUUUGUCACGCUUAAAUGUUCCAGAUCACCAAACAAAUGUAAAUAUUAGUCCAUCCAUCCAUCCAUUUUCUAUACCGCUUCAUCCUCAUUAGGGUCGCGGGGGCAUGCUGGAGCCUAUCCCAGCUGACUUCGGGCGACAGGCGGGGUACACCCUGGACUGGUCGCCAGCCAAUCGCAGGGCAUAAAUAUUAGUCAACACAAUAAGUGAAGAGUUUGGCUUCCCAUGCGUUCAGAAGAGUAAUACAUUUGCAUCACAAGACCCCAUCUACUGAUCCAUUUUCUUCCGCUUAUCCGGGUCCGGGUCGCGGGGGCAGCAGUCCCAGUAGGGAAGCCCAGACUUCCCGGUCCCCGGCCACCUCCUCCAGCACCACCGGGGGCGACGGCAUCACAAAACCUCUCAAUGUUGUUAUU